AUCUAUCUUCGAGUAUAUUUCCUUUUCGAUGCAGUAGUACUACUACACCUGAGAAUUGGUAACCAACUCGAUCGCUUGCUUUAGCCCAGUAAGAACAUGGUUGACAACAUAGAGAAGAAAGUUCUUAUAAGGGAAUUCGAUGAAGACAGAGAUAUUGAAGUGGUGGGGAAGCUUGAAAGGAUUUGUGAGAUGGGGUCUAAAACGGGGGUCUCCAUUUUCACUAACACGAUAGCUAUAAGCUGUGACCCUUUAUGUAGGAUUAGGUUCUACCCCCUUCAUGUCAUUCUGGUAGCUGAGCUGCUUCAAAAUGGGGAGCUUGUCGGCGUGGUUCGAGGAUGCAUUAAGGAUGUCGGGACUGUUCAUGGGGAAGCACAUGUGAAGAUGGGUUGCAUUCUAGGCCUUCGAGUCUCUCCUACUCACCGACGGAAGGGAAUCGGAUUGAAACUUGUGAACUCAGUGGAACAAUGGCUACUGAGAAAUGGAGCAGAGUACACAUUCUUAGCAACUGAAAAGAACAAUACUGCCUCUAGGAACCUCUUCACUCUCAAAUGCGAUUAUGUGAACCUUGGUUCGUUAGUCAUAUUUGUUCAGACAAUUGGUUUACCUGCAAAGAAUCUCUCCCAAGAUAUAAAGAUAGAGAAGUUACCCAUAGACCAGGCAAUUUCCCUGUACGAAAAGAGGCUUAGAGACAAACAGGUCUAUCCAACUGACAUUGACACGAUUUUGAAGGAAAAGCUAAGCCUCGGCACGUGGGUAUGCUAUUAUGAAAAAGAGGGUUGGAAUAUCAGCAAGCUGGAAAGAACAAGUAGUGAUCAAGAAACCAGCGCCUCAUCAUGUAUAAAAUCCACAAGCUCUUGGAUGAUUUUUAGCAUGUGGAAUACUCGUGAAGCUUACAAACUUCAGGUAGGAAAGCCCCAUCCACUGUCGACGUUUCUUCAUGCAACAAGACUGAGCCAUGCAAUUACAGAGAAAAUCUGCCCUUGCCUAAGAAGGCCAAUGAGUAGUAGUAGUAGUAGUGGUGGUCACUCGUUUCAAAGACCAGUUGGGUUUCUCUUUCUUUAUGGGCUUCUAGGAGAAGGAGAGAAGCUCGGGGAGCUCAUGAAAUCGGCAUGGAGCUUUGCAUCAAAUGUGGGUCAAAAUGUGAAGGACUGUAAGGUGCUAAUCAUAACCGAGCUGGGGGUCACUGAUCCUCUCAUAAAGCAUAUUCCUCAGGAACCCUCUAUGUCACGCAUCCAUGAUCUCUGGUAUGCGAAAAGAUUGAUUCACAACGAGGAUAUAGAUGCAUCAAUUCUGGCCAAGGGACCAGUUGGGAAUGUCUUUGUUGAUCCAAGAGACUUUUAGCUAGCUAGCUAGGGUUAGUAGUAGUACUGAUCUAGCUAGCUAGCCAUAUAUAUAUAUAGAACUUAUGUGCCAUGCUGAUUGCACACAGCCCCAGGUCGAUCAAUACCGUUUCAAUUAGGAGCUAGCAUGUCCCUUAAAAAACCCCAAGUGUUCCACAUUUUACAUCAAUGAUUGGUGUCUGUUGUAGUUGUACGUAUAAGAUGAAGACCUCAAUGAAGAUCAUAAGGGCAACAAGACCAACGAUUGUUUUAGUGCCAUGCACGAUUAAUCGAACAAACCCUAGAGAUAACAUUCAUGAACAUCAUAUAAGGAAUUAAUUAUUACUAUGAUCUGAUAGUUAUCUGCAUAUAUCUUGUAUUUCUUGUAGUUGGACUUUGUACAAAUUAACAAUUAGUUAGUUGAUCAGUUUAAAGUGGGCUUCAUAGUUA